AUGUGCAGACGUGAGGUCUUGGAGGAGCCAGAGGGCUAUACGGACUGCGGAGGUGCUGAAAAUGCGGUGGACCAGCAUAUCGAGACGGCCUCUUACUGGCUGGACGCACGCUGGCUUGCUACCUUCAUCAGCAGCGCAGGUUCCAUUGCUGAGACGGGAGUGCCAAGUUCCAAACACCACAAUUCCAUCGGCAAAUCGCCCGGUGCCUCGGUGUGGGCUGGUCAUGGUGUUGAAUGGACGGACUUGACGCCGCCGCCGCCGGACGCCGAGAGCACCGACUCGCCCCAGUCAGACUUGAAGAAGUUGAUCUUGGCCCAAGACACCUUCUGACAGCUCAGCAGAAGCGUUUGUUCCUGCGCAAGCUACCGGAUUAGCAGUCUCAUCUUGCUCAUCAGGUCUGCUCAUCAGGGCAGGCGUAUGUUCCCUCGUGUCAAUCACCGUGACAAUCCUCGUACCGCUGGAUGGUGUGGCAGUCACCAAUAGGUUCUUUCGAGAGCUGAGAUUGCAUCAACCGUCAAAGGUCAAAUCGCAAGCUUGGACGAAUUGAUGACUGUAGGAGGUAUCCAUGUCACUUUCCCCUCGGGCUUAGCAUCACAAACGGCAGGAGACUAAGCUCCUGAUGAUGCUCUAGAGGUACUUAAACAGGGAAAAAGCGCGCCUGCUUCAAGAUAUUUCAGUGCAAUGAGGUCAACACUUUCCGAGUCAAGUUACCG